UACUGCAGAGUCGAAUAUCGUAAAAUCGAUGGUUUCGAUUAAUCGAUCGUGUAGAAGAAAGUAAAAGAGCAGUGUGCAAUGGUUCAUAGAGGUGUCGUGUAUUUUUGUACGAAAAACGAAUUAAAGUGACAUAAAAUCGGAGAUGUUCGGUUCUGCGUAAUUCGAAGAAGGAAACUAACCAAAAAGUUCAACUUCCUCUUUCUUGUGCAGUGAUGUCGAGCAUACGGUGACAAGACCAGCCAGAUCGGCGGAAAACUACGUCACCAGUGACGGAUUCCCCCGAAACUGGGACAAAGUGCAGUGUACUCUGGCAUUGCGCUUUACCGGAAUUUCUCUCACUCCAUGCCUAGUAGCCUCCCCCUCUUUUCCUCUCUUUCUUUCUUUCUCUUUCUCUUAAGAUUGACCAAUCGUCUCGUCAUCCUCGAACCCUCGAUCGAAACUGACAGGUAACCAACAACGAAUGGUGCAGAUUCAUCACCGUAGCGUCUGGAGGGCUCGAUAUCAUGUCAGAUGGGGUUGAUAUUGGUGGUGGGGAAAAUGAGGUAGAUUCCCAUUCCUGUUCACACGCCGAUGUUGGAGAGUCCUCGAACCAGAGAGAAGAGGAGGCUUUGGAUCCAGAUAAUGAGGCUGCCUUGAACACUAAUUAUGAUAGCAGUGAUGGUGCAGUGCCUGCUUUUAGGUCCGUCAUCUUCAUGUGUGAAAGGUGUGAAAACUAUGAGACUAUAAAUAAGACAGCAUUCUGCGCUCAUCAGGACCAGUGUCUGACAAGUGCUGAGCCAGGAGAGAGCGCAGAGAAUAUAGAAACUGCUGAAAAUGACGGAGAUGGAGAAGAAACUCAUUCUGGAAUUCGUUCUCACAGAAAAAUGUUUGAAUGUGAUGUUUGCAAUAUGAAAUUUUCUAAUGGAGCUAAUAUGAGGCGACACAAGAUGAGACAUACUGGUGUGAAGCCGUACGAAUGUCGCGUCUGUCAGAAAAGAUUUUUUCGUAAGGACCAUUUGGCAGAACAUUUUACAACUCAUUCUAAGACUCUGCCAUAUCAUUGUCCCAUCUGUAAUCGUGGUUUUCAAAGACAAAUCGCGAUGAGAGCCCAUUUCCAGAAUGAACAUGUUGGCCAACAUGAUAUGGUCAAAUCUUGUCCUUUGUGCAAUUAUCGAGCAGCAACUAUGAAGUGCCUCAGGUUACAUUUUUUUAACAGGCAUGGAAUAGAUCUGGAUAACCCAGGACCAAAUAGUUCGAGUUCUUUGAUGAAUAGCUGUACUCCAGGAGAAGCUAUACCUUCUGCUCCUCUUUCUGAUAGUGGAGACAGUACUGGAAAUCGAUCUGCGGAUAAUGCAACUCCGCCGAUGCACUUUUUAACACCUCAUAUAGAAAUAUCAAUUCCUUAUUCUGAGCAAGCUACAAGUCAACGGAAUUCAAGUCCUGCUCCCCUUAAUGGAGAUAGUCCAAAUAGUCCGCAGAGUGCAGAUAGUAACAGUAAUACUCCAAGUAGUAGUCAUCAUCAGUUACCUAUGAACAGUAGUGGUAUUCACAGGAACCUUGGUGGGAACGAAGAGGCAAUUACACCUUCAAUCUCACUUAUUCCUAUUAAGCAAGAACCAAACAGCAAUGGAACAGAGGAGAAUGGUGCAACAUCUAGUAAUCUUCCAUUACCAUCGUUGAUAAAGGUCUCUCCACUGAAAUCUCUUCUUCGAGAUGAUUUACGACGCAAACUUUCAUCAAGCUCUGGAAAUAAUAAUAACAAUAAUAACAAUAACAAUGGUAAUAAUAGUUCAAAUUCAAAUCCCCAUUCAAGAGGAGAACCUCCUAGUUCGACAAGACCCGAUCAACGAAGCAGUGGACUUCAAUGCACUCACUGCAGAAUUACCUUCCCUGAUCAAACAUUAUAUUUCCUUCAUAAGGGCUGUCAUAGUGAAAGCAAUCCCUGGAAGUGCAAUAUUUGCGGGGAACAGUGUUGCAAUUUGUAUCAAUUCAAUUCGCAUUUAUUAAGCAAAAGUCAUCAGUAGUUAAUGGAAAAAUAACAUUUUUUCAAGAAGGCCUAGCACCUCGAUUAUUUAAACAAUUAUUGAAUAACAAUGUUAAUAUGACUGAUACAAGAGAAAUUAUGAGCUUGAACAAAAAGUUACAUUUUGUGUUAAAAACUGUAAAUGAAACGGAUUUAUAUUUAAAUGUUCGAACUAAAUUUGUACUUAUUUUAAUAUUUAUAUUAAUAAGUACUCGUCGGUUACAUUAGAGAUAAAAUAGUCGAGGUUCAAGGAAUGAUUUGGAAUCUAGGAAAAAUCGUGCCUUUGUCGAGAUACCUUUGCCAACGCUCACACUCGUCCGAAUCGUCCUAAUUUAUGAUAGUACGAACGAUCCGUCCAUGGGGCUUUACCAAAAUAUAUUCCAGAAGCUCUAUCGAUAGUUUUAAAUCUAGUUAUACUUAGAAAAAAAACAGUGAGAAUACCAAUGAGCUCCUUUCUAUCUAAAUUCUUUUUAUGCACUGUUUUUUUUUUGUUUUUGCUUGUUUAUGAACUCGUUUGUUAAAUUAUAUAAAUUUCAUAAGUUAUGUAUUUCAUUUAUUCCUAUUAUAUUAAGAAUAGUCAUUUCUAUUCAAAUGUGUAGAACACAUUUUUUAUAAAAUAAGAUUACGAUCUUAAAGAAAUUAUUACAAAUUUGACUAUUCAUCUGUAAAAAUGAAGUACGAAUAAUCAAGAAAAAUCCUUUGUAAUCUAAAUUUUUGUUGUCGAUUUAAUGUUAUGAUGUGAAAAAGGAACCGAACCGUGCGUACCAUUACGUAUAAAUAUAAAUAUACAAGUAAGUAAGAGAGGCGACAGCUGAAGUACUGUAUCAGCUCAAGAAAUAUUUUAUAUAGAGAUAUUUGUACAGAGAAGUUUUAAUAUACGAAAAAAUAAGGAAAUAAAGAAGUCAAGAUGUCAUAUUUCAGAGAUAUAUAUUAUCGAAACAGAGUAUUCAAAUAAUAUUUUACUUCAAAGUCUCGUAAAACAAAAUCAGCGAAACCAAUUUUGAACAAAUUGAAAAUCAUCUGAGAACGAUGUUAUAAUGGAGAGAGAAUUUUAUUAAAAAUAAAGUAUAAUAUUAUUAGUUAUCAGUAUAAAUUGGUACAGUAAAAGCGCUAAUGGUUUCGAAAUAUGAUUUCCCGACUUUAGUACAUGUUUCUGUGUAAAUGUGUAUGUAUGUAUGUGUAUAGGAUGCCCAAUUUGCAUCUACAAAUCUGCGUGAUAUCUUUAAUAAAUACUUUCAACUACAGUCACACAGAUAAGACGAAAUAUACUUAAAUAUUAAGAAUUUUUUAGUAGUUAAAGUAAUAUAUAACAUGUGAGGAUAUACAGUCAGGUUGGGCACUCUCUAUAUGUUCUUUAUUUAAAAAAAAUAGAUUGAGGAAAAUACGCACGAAUACUAUUGUCUAUUGUUGUAGUUAUUUAAAAAUCGUUCCGUACACUGCGUAAUAUUUAAUACAAUUAUUGCUAUUACUAUGUUAUUAUUAAUAUUAUUGUCAUCAUUGUAUUAUUUAUCGAUACGUAAGUUAUUUAUUAUUACUUUGCAUUCCAAUAUACCAAUUUUUAAACACGUCUGAGGCUUGACAGUGCUUGUUUGUUUCAGAAAUUAAACAAAUUUUAUUUUGUA